UACUUCUUCCCUUUACGUAAGUACUAGAAAUAGGUGGAGAUUUCCAGUAAUGUGGGUGGGCGGGAAAAACAAUAAUUGACACCAAGUGUUUGUAAUUUCAGCCAGUCACAGCUGUGUAUGCAAAGCCAGAUAGGGUGUUUCCAGCACACUGCCUAACCGUAUUUGGCAAAGCUGUAACCCUCCUUCAUGGAACUACAACGUUGACGUCAAAAAGGGUGUCAUUUUCUAUUUGAGUAACUACAUAGAUAUGUACAGCAUUUAAACAAAAACAAGUAGAAAGUAAUGACUGGCUGAAACAAUAGCUCAAUUCUGUUUUCAUGUUUUCUGUGUUAGAAAAAUGAAGUGUUACCAAAUACACACGCAUAUCGUCGCUAAGAAGAACCCUGAAGAAGUCAAACCAGCUCGGACAACAGUUUUUAAAUUAAUGGACAUUUUUAUCGCUGACACAUUCUAUAACUAAUAUGGAUCCUCCGAGUCAGGCUAUCGAAACUAAGAACACUGUAGCUAGAUUUUUGGGGAAUGGUGUGGUGGUUCCAUCGUUACAGAUAUGGACAGUAAUUCUGGAACCGCUGAGAAUAAUACUUCAGAUUGUCUAUCGACUAUGGACAGCUUUUCAGGUGUGCAGAUUGGAAAUGCAUUGGGGGAUCCAGCACCUGAGCUAUGCAGAAAGUGGAGGAGAAUCACUCAUCUUGUCCCACGCAGUCAAGCGAAACAGAAACAACGGGGAGCCCAGGUUAAACCAUUUAGCCUUAAGUGAAUCAGAGUCACAUAUUAUGUACAGCAAUGGCAGCAAGGGCAAGUCAAGUUCAUUUGAGCCAUUGUUUUUCAAUCUUCAAUCCCAACACCUCAAUGAAUGCAAAGCAUUUCUCAUCCAAAGAACACAUUUCCUCUGUGAUCCAGACCCCAGUAGCACUGAAGUCCUUGACCAGUCUCAGUCCAGUUGUGACUCACCCUUUGCUAGUAGACAGGAGGAGACAUUUGGUGAAUUUCCAGUUAAGGAUAGCAGGGAAGCAGUUGGCACAGUAAUCAAUAAUCCAAAGCUGGAGCAACUGGAAAGCCUAUCUGAUGACAAAGCAGGUGAAAGUGAGGAUGAUUCGUGGGAUGAAGAUGAAAGCAGCUGUCAGGAGUGGGAUACAGAGGAAAAUCGAAAGUUAUGGGAAUGCUUUGUAAAUGCAGCAGACACUUAUAAUCCAUUCAACUUUUCAGCAUGUAUUUCAAGCUGCCCUCAAAAGAAGCAAUCUCACCCUAACGAGACCCAUUGUCUUAAAGGUGAAGCAAGGGAGAACUCUUCAUUCAGCAGUGACUCUGAAGAAGUGGCUGAAAACCAGAAUUAUUGUUUUAACUUCGGUCAAAACUGCUCGGAAACUGAAACUGAAGAGGAUGACUGGGACAGUUCCAGCAAUUGUAGCGCAAGCGACCAGGAGGAAAAUAAUAAACUGUGGGAUUCUUUUGUGAAUCCCACAGACCCUUAUAGCCCUUUGCAUUUUACAGCCUGCACUGCGAGCACCAGCACAACACAGAAAAUGUCAGAAUGUUUAAACAAGCACACAGGGCCUGUGAAGGUGCCAGCAAAGAAAUGCCUGACGUUGGCAAACAGUACAAAAGACAGCGGUUAUGACAGCCAGUCUAUAAGUGAUGAGGAGAGUAAUUCUGAAGAUGAAGAUAGUUGUGAGAAACUUAACAAAAAACUGUGGGACUUGUUUUCACAAAGUUCUGACCCUUACAAUCUUUUGAAUUUCAGAGCUUGCCUGAAAAGUUGCCCAACUGAUAAUAAAAGUGAAGAUAAUGGGGUGAGAAAUGAGACAAACGGAACUGGCCCGGUGAAAGCCACCUCAGUAAAACCAAACUUACCAAAGAGACAUUUUAAGCAUUACUGUCAGAACAAAAGCAAAGAUAACCAGCAGUUUCUUACCUGGAAGAAGCCUGCCAAGGUGGCUGCAAGACGUACUGAAGAGAAAGAGGAGAAAGACAUUGUGAAAAAGGUUACAUUUUCACCAGUUGUUCAUGUCCAUGUCAUGCAUGCGUGGGACUUUGCAUUAAGAGCAGCACGGAAAUCUCCCUGGGAAGAAAUGGCACGUGACAGAGCCAGGUUUCAGCGCAGGAUUCAGGAAGCUGAAGAGACAAUAGGCUGCUGCUGGAGUCCUGAUCACAGGGAGAAAAUACAGACUCGGCUGAGUGCUGAAGACAGUGUUGCACCCACAGUUCUGACGUGACUGGAACUCUGACCUCACACGCCAAUGUGGAAUAUUAAAAUGCACUGAUAGGUUCAAAUUAUUAAUUACAAAAUACCUUUACUUUUUUUUUUUUUUAAAUGAAUAUCUAAUGAUUUUGCUACUUCAU